UCGAAAAAUCUCUCAGAGACGGCGAUUGGACUUGUGUGGCCCCAGGAGGCGCUUAUGAAAGCAUGUUCAGCAAGAACUACAAGGUGGAAUGGCAAUCACGUUGCGGUUUCGCGAGAGUAGCCAAAGAGACAGGAGUCCCGAUCGUCCCGAUGUUCACAGCGAACAUUCAACAUUCGAUGCCCCUUUACGAGUUUAAUAAAUCAGAAACCGUUAAGAAAUGGUACGCUGCCACGAGAAUUCCGCUCAGCAUACCCAUGGCAUACUUCCCUGUGAAACUGCGAACGUAUUUGGGCAAGCCAAUGUACUGCGAACCUGAUGAGGAGCCGGAGAGUUUCGCACUGAGGUGUAAGAAGGCCAUCGAGGACUUACGGGACGAGCACCAACCACCACAGCAAACCGUUUGGAGUGCAGUUCGCGAAAGGUUUUCAUAGCCCCGGGCAGCUACUUGUCACGACUAAAAUAAAGACUCGCAUCUGGAGCCGGAUGCCUAGGAA